AUGAAAAAGAGGAUCAAGAAUCCCGCAAAAAGAAAGGUCCUCCAGGAAAGUGAUAAGAGUUCCAGUGAAGAGAGUAAUGAACUAGAAUGGUACUGUAUCAUAUGUUGUGAUGCCUACUCUAACUCUGCUCCAGGAGAAAAUUGGAUUGAAUGCAGAGAUUGUAAGAAUUGGACCCAUUCGCCAUGUCCUGAAGAUGAAGACAGCUUAUCAUUUGUAUGUUCUAAUUGCUAUUCUGACCAGUCUUGUGUAGAAUAA